AGAUACCGGUGUGACCUCCGUAAGUUUCAUUCGUUCCUUGGAAUUUGUACAUCUUACCUUCGUUGUGAACGACAGUAUUGUAUUGUGCUUAUAACAGAAUUACUGUAUUCAACAGAGCGGCAAAUAUAAUACUAACAUUAGCAAAAAUGGCAAUACGAAGUAUUAAAGCUCGUCAAAUUUUUGAUUCUCGAGGCAAUCCUACUGUUGAAGUAGAUUUAACAACUGAAUUGGGUUUGUUUCGUGCUGCUGUCCCUUCAGGUGCAAGUACAGGAGUUCAUGAGGCUUUGGAAUUACGUGAUGGAGACAAAGCUAAUUAUCACGGUAAAGCAGUUAGUAAAGCAAUUAAUAAUAUAAACAGUAUAAUUGCUCCAGAACUUAUAAAAAGUGGUUUGGAAGUGACUAAUCAGAAAGGUGUUGAUGAAUUUAUGCUGAAACUGGAUGGUACAGAAAAUAAAAGUAAAUUUGGAGCAAAUGCUAUAUUAGGAGUGUCUUUGGCAGUUGCCAAAGCAGGAGCUGCUAAACGCCAAAUCCCUUUGUAUAAAUACAUAGCAGAGUUGGCUGGAAAUAAAGAUAUUAUUCUUCCUGUUCCUGCUUUUAAUGUUAUUAAUGGUGGUUCACAUGCUGGAAAUAAACUAGCUAUGCAGGAGUUUAUGAUUCUUCCGACUGGAGCCGGAUCGUUCACUGAAGCUAUGAAAAUGGGUUCUGAGGUGUAUCACCACUUAAAGAAUGUAAUAAAAAACAAAUUUGGUUUAGAUGCUACAGCUGUUGGUGAUGAAGGUGGUUUUGCUCCUAAUAUUCAAAGUAAUAAAGAAGCACUUAAUCUUAUAAAUGAAGCUAUUGCCAAGGCUGGUUACACUGGAAAGAUUGAUAUUGGAAUGGAUGUAGCAGCAUCAGAAUUUUAUAAGGACGGAAAGUAUGACCUGGACUUUAAAAACCCUAAUUCCGAUAAAAAUAACUGGUUAACACCUGACCAGCUUUUGGAUGUUUACUUAAGCUUUUUGAAGGAAUUUCCAGUUGUUUCUAUUGAAGAUCCGUUCGACCAAGAUGAUUGGAAUGCUUGGUCCACCAUUACUGCGAAAACAAAUAUUCAAAUAGUUGGUGAUGACUUGACUGUUACUAACCCAAAACGUAUACAAACAGCUGUUGAGAAGAAAGCUUGCAAUUGUUUACUACUGAAGGUGAACCAAAUUGGUACUGUGACGGAAUCAAUUCAAGCACAUUUAUUGGCUAAAACAAAUGGAUGGGGAACUAUGGUGUCUCACAGGUCUGGAGAAACUGAAGAUACUUUUAUUGCUGAUCUUGUAGUUGGCCUUUCAACUGGCCAAAUAAAGACUGGAGCGCCUUGCAGGUCCGAACGUUUGGCCAAAUACAACCAAAUACUGCGCAUUGAAGAGGAGCUUGGAGCAAGUGCAAAAUAUGCCGGAAAAUCAUUUCGUAAGCCUUAAUUGGCGAUAAAUGUCUAUGGUCUUCUAGUAGAUCUAAUUCUAAUAUUUUAUGUAUUGUAAAAAGAUGUACCAACAGCUUCAGAAAUAUAAAUACUUCAAUAUACGUUCAAUAUAUCUCUCA